AACCCAACUACCAAACAUGUCGCAAAUAUGCGUGCGUGCCAUACGCCAGGGCCACUAAUCCGAAACGAGAGGAACAAAUAAAAGUGCUAGCAAAGUGCAGUACAAAUGGCAGACUCCUUGUUACACUUGCAACUAUCACCAUCGUCGCCAAUGGCUUCGCUUAGUGGCGCCGCCUCUUCUCGCCUUCUCCCUUCCGCUUCUCGGGCCCGAAUCGCAUUCCACUCAGCCACCUCUUCCUCCUCUCUCUCUCCUCUAUCUCUCUCCUCCUCCUCCUCCUCUUACUCUUUUUCUCCUCUCAAAUGUCUCCGAUCUUCUCCUCUCGUACCUCGUGUCUUCUUCAAUAAGACGGUAUCGGCGAUGAGCACGGUGACUGCAGCGUCGGAUCCUGCUCAGCUGAAGAGUGCGAGAGAAGAUAUCAAAGAGCUUCUUAAAUCUACGUUUUGUCAUCCUAUUUUGGUUCGACUGGGAUGGCAUGAUGCUGGUACAUACAACAAGAACAUAGAGGAGUGGCCAAAAAGAGGUGGAGCCAAUGGAAGUCUCAGAUUUGAAAUUGAGCUAAAACAUGCAGCGAAUGCAGGGCUGGUAAAUGCUUUGAAACUCCUUCAGCCAAUCAAGGACAAGUAUUCUGGUGUGACAUAUGCAGAUUUGUUUCAGUUGGCUAGUGCCACUGCUAUAGAGGAAGCUGGGGGCCCCAAACUCCCCAUGAAGUAUGGAAGGGUGGAUGUUUCAGCACCUGAAGACUGUCCCGAAGAGGGAAGGCUUCCCAGUGCCGGUCCGCCUAGUCCUGCUGAUCAUUUACGAGAAGUUUUCUACAGAAUGGGAUUAAAUGAUAAGGAAAUAGUUGCUUUAUCUGGCGCGCACACUCUGGGGAGGUCUAGACCAGAUCGCAGUGGCUGGGGAAAACCAGAGACAAAGUAUACGAAAAAUGGGCCAGGAGCACCAGGAGGACAAUCCUGGACAGUAGAAUGGUUGAAGUUUGACAACUCCUACUUCAAGGAUAUCAAAGCAAAGAAGGAUGAAGAUCUACUUGUAUUGCCAACUGAUGCUGUUCUUUUUGAUGAUCCUUCGUUCAGGGUAUAUGCCGAGAAAUAUGCUGAAGAUAAGGAGGCAUUCUUCAAAGAUUAUGCGGAAGCCCAUGCCAAACUAAGCAACCUUGGUGCUAAAUUUGAUCCUCCAGAGGGUAUUGUGCUAGAUGGUGUUGCAGGAGAGAAGUUUGUAGCAGCCAAAUACUCAACUGGAAAGGAUUAAGAAACAAGUAUCUUGAUUUCUAGUGCCGUAUCUUUAAAAUAAUACAAGAUCAAGCUUUUCAAUCCUAUGAAAUCACACCUAAAACUUGGCAGUCUAACUGAAGAAGAAAGGAAUAAAAUUCAAUAAAGUGUUGUGUUGCUUAUUUGCGUUGCAGAGAGAAUUGUCAGAUGCUAUGAAGCAGAAGAUACGGGCAGAGUAUGAAGCAGUUGGUGGAAGUCCAGAUAAGCCUCUACAGUCUAACUAUUUUCUAAAUAUCAUGAUUGUGAUAGCUGUUCUAGCAAUUUUGACGUCCCUUCUUGGAAAUUGAUUUUUUUUUUUUUUUAAUUUUUUUCAUCUUGAUGAUAUCAUUAAUGAAAUGGUAUUGGUUUUCAACGUGUAUGUUCAUAUGUUCAGCUGAUGAUAACUCUGGCAAUGGUGAAUGAGUGAAAUGUCUCAAAGUCUAAUUUUCAUAUUUAUCAAGGAGUGUGUGCGUUAUCUUUAUCAUCUAUAAUAACUCCUUUGGAAUUGAA